AUGUCCAGCUUGGAGACCGUACCAGAAAGCGACCCCCGAACUCAGUCCCAACAUGCUCCAUCUCCGAUGGAUGCUGCAAAGUCCAUGUCUAGCGAUAAAGAGCCGGUAAGAGGAGAGGCUCUGAUUUAUGCCGAAAUCAAGACGAAUGUCAAGAUUGAAAGCGAGCAACACUUUCUCACCGCAUUCUCCUACCAUCUUGCUGCGAGAUACAACCGUCAUCCUUCCUCUACCGUCAUCUCCCUGCAUCAUGGCCAGCGCCUCCUCUUUGGCGGCUCCAUGGAUCCUGCCUACACUCUCACCAUCACUGCCCUCGCCUCCGAAGUCCAGCCCGCCACCAAUAAGCGCAACGCUGCUGUCCUUCAGAAGCACUUGGAAGCUGUGCUCCGUGUUCCUCCUGCUAGAGGGAUGGUGCGCUUCAUCCCGGUGGCAGAAGAGUGUCUCGCGUGGGGGAGCAAGACUGUCGCGGGGAGGAUUUCAGAAGCUGUGGCUGGGGAUGGGGAUGGCGAGAGAGAAAGAAACAAGGUGCAGGAGAGGCGAAGACUUAAGACGCUCUCACUGAAGAGAACCUCGCCGGCGAACGUUACCUCUUCAAAUACGCAGUCUCAAGGUCUUGCACAGCAAGCAAAAAAUUCCAUUGUCGACUCAAAUGCCCGGGUAGAGCCUACUGAUGUGGUUGGAGGAGAGGAAAGUGUUAAGGUAGUUAGGAAGAAGAAGAGCAUCAUUCAUACGCUGUUUAGGACGUCGAGGGUUGAGGAUGAGGAUCCCUCUGGAUCUUGA